GCGCAGCAGCGUGAACGUGAUGAUUUUUGGAGUGACGACACCACAAAACCAUAGCACAAUAUUACCGAAGCAGAUAGAAAUCGGGUUGAAGCGUCAUCCAACUGAGAAGCUCAGAGUCCACUAAAAGCGCCAGUGUUCGCCCAGACUGUGGUGACCAAAUCCGGCUUUAAAAUGGUUCAGUUCGGCUGCAGGGUGUGCGGUGUCUCCGCUGUCGUCUCGCUGCUUCUGGCGGGACUGGCAGCUGCGUCUUCUGAUCUAUUUGACAAUCAACUAGGCGACAUCAAUUACUGCAAAAAGCAAUGCCAGAUCACCGUCAAAAACAAAAGCCCAGCUAAAGACUCCAUUCUGAAUGCCUGUCACCGUGGUUGCCGUCUUUACUCCAUCUGCCAGUUUGUGAAUGGAAAUGCCGGCUUCAACACCAGCAGGGAGGAGUGUCAAGGAGCCUGCCAGGAAGCGUACAGCAAGCUGCUGGAGCAGGAGGCCUGCAGCACCGGCUGUGCCAGCCAGCCUUCUGAACCUGAGAUCAAGAGGAGGAAGUUGAAGGCCAUGGCCCACCGUCCCAUGCCCCCCUCCGUCAUGGACACCGUGUCCAGCUGGUGUAACGACAUUGUCAGCUCUGCUCAGAGCUUCAUCUCCUCUACCUGGACCUUCUACCUGCAGGCUGAUGAUGGCAAGGUGCUCGUCUUCCAGAGCCAGCCGGAGAUCGAGUACACUCUGCCGGAGCUGCAGGCCCCCCGCUCCAAUGUGGCAGACAAGCCCUGGCCACAGAUUCACUCCCACACACAGAGACCCCAUGGUGUGAAAGGACAUGGGGAGAAGGUAGCAGCCAAGGCGGGAGGCAAGGGCAAGCACCCAGCAGUCCAGCAACAUACGGAAGACCUAACCGCUGAACAUGACUUCCUGGGAUGCAUGUCAAGGCGCUCUGGGCUGCCUCGUUGGAUCUUGGCUGCCUGUCUCUUCCUGUCCAUCAUGGUGAUGUUGUGGCUGAGCUGUGCCAGCCUUGUCACUGCACCUGAACAGCACAUCAAAACACAGCUGAGCAUCAACGGAGACAAGGAGUUUCUUGAUGACAUCCAGAAGGUCAACCCCUACCAUCUGACCCCUGUGAUUGCUGUAGCUAUCGACCAACCAGAGGAGAGCGAGGAGGCAGGACCACUUCCAGUCAAGGUUGACAUCAACAAGACAUCUCUCUAGGGGACCAAUGGGAUAGGAUCAGUGCUUUCUGGGGUAACGUUUUCAUAAAACCUCCCUCAGUAAAAGAUGGAGAACAGAAACACACCAACACUCACACCAGAUUUUCUAUAGAUGCAUGGCACCAUCCCUUCACUACAGGUUUGUCUCGUCUUUCUCUAGCGAGUCUGCCCAUCAGAUGUUAGCCUGUUGUGCUUGUCUCUGUGUAGAAUACUGAUUUUGUAGAUUCAUGCUGUCCAUUGUUAAACCUCACUAAGAGCUCAGAGAUCAAAUUGUCACCACCUUCUUGUACCUAUCAUUUUAUACUUGACACUGCAAUUGCUUAAGGCUUAUUUAAUAGACAGUUGAACUAUUAAAUGUAACUACUUAGAUCUGCCUGUGAGAGAGUUAAGGAGAACAGGUGAAUGAGCGCUGAAAGCUUUCCAAGCUUUUGAUGUACAAGAGGAUAGAGAAAGAACACAGGGAUUCAAAUUGAAGGUGAAUAACUGUUUUCCUCAUGCUCUUACAUACUUUUGGAAUUAAUUGGUGACUUGCAGAGAAAUAAAAGCAAUUGAGAUAUUCAAAAUGCUUUGAAAGGUAUCUUGUGAACGCUGCAGGAGACAAUAGCUACCAGUGUUCACCUUUGAUGCUGUGUUUGAUGUGUUUGACUGACGUCAACUGUGAGAAGCAAAUAUACAUAAUACAUCUUAUUUUCCUCACACUGAAUGAAAAAUAAUUCUCAUAUCAGAUUAAAACCUCAAUUUUUGCCUACAACGACAUGCCAAAAUCUAACUGCCUGUAGCUCAGGCCCUGAAGCAAGCAUGUGCAUAUUCUUGGUACCAUUUGAAAGGAAAAACACAAAAGGAAGUUUGUGGAAUGUUAAAGGAAUGCAGGAGAAUAUAACAUUAGAUCUGGUAAAAGAUAAUACAAAGAAAGAAAAAAACAGUUUUUUUGUACCAUUAUCUUUGAAAUGCAAGAGAAAGGCCAUAAUGUAUUAUUCCAGCCCAGGUGCAAUUUAGAUUCUGGCCACUAAAUGGGAGCAGUGUGUGCGCAAAGUAUUAGACUGAUCCAAGGAACCAUUGCAUUUCUGUUCAAAAUGUUGUAUCAAGAUCCAAAUGUGCCUAAUUUGCUUAUUAAUAACUUUUCAUGUUCAAAACUGUGCACUCUCCUCAAACAAUAGCAUGGGAUUAUUUCACUGUA